AUUCACGGAAUGUCGGGCUCAAGCCCCAGCCCGGCGCCGAGCUGUGUCUCCCCCCCCCCCACACCUCAACGGGGGCAGGAGCGCUGCGGUCACGUGGGCUCAGAGUGAUGUAAUUCUCCUCCCUCCUCCUGCCCCUCCCCGAGGAGUCGGAACGCUGGGAGCUAGGCGUUCGCUGCGUGUGUGUGGCUCGCGCUGACCACCACCACCACCAGCAGCACGAAACUUUCCCAGGGCAGCUGCUGCUCCGCUUUCCUCUCCUCGGCCAGCGUGUCGGGCGCUGAGCGUGUGUAGCUCCGGAGCCGCCGGCGGCAGCAGGGCAAGGAGCCUCCAUGGGUCUCUCUCCUGUGGUGGGUCGCAUCAGGGCUUUGGAGAGUUGACAGCUGCAGCUCAUGUGUGUUGAAAAAAACCUCAGAUUUCGAAAGCUGAAUGGGAUAAAGAUGAAGAGCUUGAAAGCAAAGUUCAGAAAGAGUGAUACCAACGAGUGGAAUAAGAACGAUGACCGGCUGCUGCAAGCUGUGGAGAAUGGAGAUCCAGAGAAAGUGGCUUCGCUGCUUGGCAAAAAGGGAGCCAAUGCCACCAAACAGGAUAGCGAGGGCAAAACUGCUUUUCACCUGGCUGCUGCUAAAGGACAUGCCGAGUGCCUCAGAAUUAUGACGACACAUGGUGUGGAUGUGACGGCACAGGAUGGUACAGGGCACACUGCUUUACAUCUUGCAGCAAAGAACAGCCACCUUGAUUGCAUCAAGAGGCUUCUCCAGUCUAAAUGCCCAGCAGACAGCACUGACAACUCUGGAAAAACAGCUUUACAUUAUGCGGCUUCGUGUGGCUGCCUUCAAGUAGUUCAACUUUUGUGUGAGCACAAAUGCCCAAUUAAUGUCAAAGAUUUGGUAUGUAUCUCACUGAACACUUUAAAAUGGUUUUCCAUCUUUCAAUCUGGCAAACUUCUAUUACAGCAGUUUCUAAGCAAUGCUUUUUCUAAUUUAUCUUAUUUCCGUUGGGGGGAAGUUGCCUUUACACUUGACCUUCUGGUGGACACCUGA